CCCCUGAAAUAUUACGCAAGAAAGAAUAUACUGAAGAAGCUGACAUAUAUAGUUUUGGUGUCAUCAUGACUGAGGUUUCAAAUGGAAAACCACCUUAUCAUGACAAUGACGAUAAUGCUAUUAUUCCUAAAAUAUGUGAUGGUAGUCUUCGACCAGAAUUUGCAGAAGGAACUCCAAAAAAUUAUGUUGACCUUGCAAAAACUUGUAUGGAUAAUGAUAAAGCUAAACGUCCGAAUGCAGUUAAAUUAUGUGAGACGUUAAGUAAUUGGAUAUAUAACGAAAAAUUUUUUGAAAAUUCUGAAAAAAUUAAAAUCGAAUCUUCAACAGUAUUGGAAACCGGAAACUUAACAGAUGACAACUCAACAGAUGACAAUUUAACAGAUGAAAGCGCGCUUAGUUAA